AUGUCCAUUUACAACGAGGGUCUCAUCUGCUUGCAACAGAACCUGCAGGUGCAGAAGGCUAGCUUUAUAGAGGACGUGAUCCACACUGUAGCUGCCAGAAUAUUGGAGCUUAAAAACCAAUUACGAAAAUUGGAGAGUCACAGGUACCAAUUCUUCGGAAAUGGUUUGAUGCAGCAUUUGUUAACUUUCGAUAACAUCGAACCAAAUGACUUAUUACAAAAAGUGAAAAGGUCGGAGCGGUUGCAAGCUAUGAUUGAUGAGGUCGUUCUGAGGAUAGAACAGAAAAAAGAAACCGAGCUCCAGAAAUUAAGCAAGGAAGAAAAUACGCUUAUUAUAGAACACGAAAAGGCAAAUAUCUGGGAUAGCGACGAUGAAAAUGAAGAUGAUGUAAAGGAUUACGUUUGUGAAGUAAAGCAAGAAAUCUCCGAAGAGAGUUUAAGACGCAGUGAAAUGAUUAAACUAAUUCAAGCACAUGAAAGAUCCCGACAAGUAACGCGUUGGGACACUGAAAGGAGGUUCAAAAGAACUAUGUGGGAAAAGGAAUUAAGCGGUACAUUAAAACCUCAAGCCAGAUUUGAAAUAAAGGAGAGAGCUGCUAGACUUAUACAAAACAUUUUCAGGGCAUAUUUUCGUAUAAAAAGAGACCGCACUGAUCAUUGUAAGGUCGAUGAAAUACUCGGCAUUGAUAGUUGUCAGAAACAUAUUGCGAUGGACAAAACAAACGAUGAGCAGAUGUUAGAACAACUUAACAAAAAGAAGCGGCAUAUACUGGAAUGGAAGAAAAAUUGGGAACAAGUUGAAGCACAAUACAAGAGAAGAGUAAAAGAUGACCUGGCCGAAGAACACAGAGGAUAUAAAGAAGGAUUUGUGAGAGACGUUGAUAAAAGCAACGCUUGCAUGAAUACUAAGAUGGCGAUUAUGACCACGGUAGAUGAUGAUAUGAGACAAGAACUCAAAAUUCUCAAGAAGGCUUUGCAAGAGGAUUAUAGGAUAAAUAACGAAAAGAUGCCGGAGAUGAUAAAACGUAAAAUCAAACGCCCGAAACGGAGACCUAAACUAAAGUCCACUAUAACCGAAAGCGUUCAGGAAAAAUUGGAGGAAUUGGUUGUAGCAGACGCCAAGCUGUUCGAAUUAGACCCAACGGAAUUCCCGCCGAAUCUAAUGACACGGGAGAAACUGCGUCAAAUUGCUGCCAAUGUCGUCACUUGCGCGCGUGCCCUACAACCGUCCGUCAUUCAUUUGAAGUACCUUCAAUUGAUUUAUUGCAAAAAGGAUUACGAGGAAUAUCACAAAUGGUACACCGAGAAUACAACGUGGGGUAAAAAAGAAGAAAAAAGAGUAAACGACGACAAAGAAUUCAAGUUAUUAGCAAAGAAAUUUGCCGAGAAAGAAGAAAAGAAAAAAGAUCAUAGUAAAAAAGACAAUAAAAAAGACAAUGAAGAGGAAUCUGAAGACAAAUCAGUACUGGCGGAGCACCCUGCACUGGGGGUUGCAUUUGGGCCGGCGGGGAGGGGCCUUGGAGCUCCCGGCCUUGGCUUGGCACAUCUCUGCCAAGCCGGGUGCCAAGUCGGAGGGCAGCAGGCUGCCAGGCUGCAAAUAGCCGAGCAGCGAGGGGGCGUGCUC